AUGAGUUAUAGGAAUAACCCUAAUAAUAUAUUUGAUAAUGUGGGGGAUUCAUUUUCUCCUUAUGGUAGAAGAAGAUGGAAAGAUACCCCGAAAUUUACAAAAACCACUCCUCAGGAUCCAGAAACUCCGAUCUUACUUGGGUUAAAACCACAGCAGCCCAACCCUACAACUUCAACUAAAUAUAAUACCAAUAACAAUAACAUUCUAAAUAAUACAAACGAGCAGCAGAGGGGUAAUGAACCGCCAAUUACCAGGAAGCACCCUCGUGACACUUUAAUACCUACAAAUAUAUUAGAUGUUGGAUCGCAAAGAACACUCGUUUUCAUUAUAUGGUCAAUUAUACAAGCCUAUAAAUUUUACGAUCUAAUAAUAAUGAAAACGAUUUCCCCAGUAAAAAUUACAAGAACUGGGUUUUUAAUCAAAUAUGCUCUUUUGGAUUCUCUUUUUUGGUACAGUUUGCCAGCAUUCAAUAUUCCAAAAUUGAUAUUCAAACCAGUGGUUACUUACAUUUUUAUAUUUUUAUCUAUUUUGUUUAAUUCGUUAAUUUCAAAUGAUAAAAUGCUACCCAUACUUACUUUACUAUUACAUACAUGGUCUACUUUGAAUCCAAAAAAAGUUUCGUUGACUGGUGAUACCGUCUACUACAAAAAUGUCCUAGACACAUCUUCCCAUUUUAAAGGAAGACAUACAAUUAAAAUUUUACCAGAAAAUACAGCAUUAUUCAAUCCAUUCCAUGAAAAUUUCUGUUUUAAUAGUGUAGUAAACGUGAUGACCACUGUUCCUAUUAGAAUGAAUUCGACAUACGAUAUUGAUUUUUUACAAUUGGAAUAUAGAGAUUUGUAUACCAAUGAAAAAAGUUAUGUAGAUUUCCACAAAAAAGAAUUAAAAAAAAUUACCGGUAAAAAGAAAUUGGAAAUGUUAAUCAAAGAUGAACUAGACCCAAGCUCUGCAACAAACAUCGAGUAUUAUUUAUUAAACCUCAAUAAGCCAGGCUUUUAUCAAUUGAAAAAAGUCGUAGAUAAUAAAAGUUUUGAAUUAAAAUUGUAUAAAUCCCAUAUGGUUAUACCUGAGUGUCCAAAAGUCACCAUUCUACAAAACAAUGUUGGCAAUGAUAAUACCAAAUUCGAUAGAUGUAUUGGUUCUUUCGACAACGUUACCAUUAGAGUUACUGGUGUUCCGCCCUUGAAGUUGGAAUAUUCUAAGCAAGUUGGUGGUGAGGAUCUAGUUAAAAUCGAUGAUUCUAAUUUGCAACCCAAGUCCCUAGGAAAUUCCCCAUUGCUAGCUAGUGAUGUUUUGUUACUGAACAAGUUCAAUAACAAAUAUAUCGAUGAUUUAAAAUGGGCACGUAACUAUAAUGUUGAUAUUAACCUAUUAUCUAUUGCUGAACAACAAGGCACUCAUGGUUAUCAUAUUAUAAAAGUCGUUGAUGGAUUUGGUAAUGUAAUUGAAAAGCAAACACUAGAAUUAUUGACAGCAGAUAAUCCCAACUUGUUGGAUUAUGAGUAUCAAGUGCAUGACACACCAAGGGUGACUUUUGAUGAGAAAAUUAAUGGCAAAGCAAGCACUAAACGCUCUUUAUUGAUUAAAAUGGAUAAUUUCAAUAGCAAUCAUCUAACCCAGGAAGAUGGACCUUUCAAAGCUUCUUUGUUAUAUAAACCUGAAGCUGAUGGUAAAUUUAAAAAAUUUGAACAUGCAUUCACAAGCAGUGAGGGAACAGAAAUUUUGGUCGAUGAAGCGGGUACUUAUAUUUUGGAAUCUGUUAGCUCCAGAUAUUGUCCCGGAAUUGUUCUUGGUGAAAAUAAUGUCGUAAUUACAAAACCUGUUGCUCCCAAAGUUCAGGUAAGGUCUACUCCAAUUGAGGAUAAGUGUGUUGGGCAAGUUGGAUUAAAUUUCGAUUUAACUUUCAGCGGUGUUCCACCGUUUACUGUUUACACUAAUAUUUAUAAGGUUGAUAAACUCAGCGGCAAACGUUCGUUAUACAACAAAGUUAAGCAAUAUUCUAGUGGCAUUCGUUAUCAAUAUACAUAUACUCCAGUUGUAGAAGGUGAUUACGAAAUUGUCUUUACCGAUAUAUCUAAUCAAAUUUUCCCCGAAAAACUCCCCUUAUUACCAUUGAAAGAUUAUAAUUUCAAAACUUCAAUGCGAGUCAAGCCGGACGUGAAAAUUGUCAAUAACAACAACAACAACAACAAUAAUAAUAAUAGAAGAAAAAUAUGUUUAAAUUCUAACUCUAUUAUCCCAAUUGUCUUAAAGGGGGAAGCACCAUUUGCCAUCAACUAUGACAUUAUUGAAACUUUUAGUAACAAUAGAAAAAGUUUUGAAUUGCUUGAUGUUUUGGAUGAUCAUAUAGAAAUUACCACCCCUGAAUUUAAUGUUGGUGGUAAUUAUAUUUUGUCUAUUGCGUCAAUUACAGAUAAAACAGGGUGUACAGUAUUAUUAAGCGGUAAAGAGGUUUCUUUUGAUGUUAGAAGAGUUGUUCCUAAAGCUGAGUUCAAUAUUUUGCAAAAUGGUGGUAAUUCAGUUAUUAUCAAAGAAGGUUCGUCGUACAAGUUACCGUUAAGACUAACCGGCAAUGCUCCUUUUAGAGUAGUUUACGAACACUAUAAAGAUGGUACUUUGCUUGGACGUAAAACUGCCAGAUUUGCUUCUAACGUGAAUCCAGAGUUAACUUUUACUGAUCGUGGGAUUUAUAAAUUGAUUUCCAUGGAAGACAAUGAGUGCCAAGGUACUAUAGUUGGCGGUGAACAAACUUUUGAAAUUUCUUAUUUACCGUUACCAAAGUUAAGAGUUUUGGAUGAUUCAAAUAAAAUAUCUAAAGUUAAUAGCUAUAAUUAUAUUAAGGAUGGCGUUUGUCAAGGUUUUGAGGAUUUAGUAGAAAUGUACAUUGAUGGUUUGGCACCAUUUGUUGUUUGUUACGAUGUGAUUAGUCCUAGUGGCAAAAUUCAAAAACAAAAGAUUCAAGUAACCACCAACUAUGCCUCUAUUAGAUUAUUAAAUGAUGAGCCUGGUGAAUAUCAGGUGCUUAUAAGAAACGUUUAUGAUAUGAAUUAUAACGAGGAGGACAUCAAGAAAUUAAGCAUUAAUCCACGAGAAAUUCAAGUUGUACAAGUUGUUCAUAAACUCCCCAGUAUCAGAUUUGUUAACAAUAAUAAAAAAUUUAGAACUUGUUUGGCCAAUUUAUAUAAUGCUAAAAAUUUAUUGGAUCCAAUUCAAUUAACUGCAGUUAGCGGUACUGGUCCAUAUACCAUUACAUUCAGGAUAUAUCAUGAGAGUAGUGGCAGAACUGAAUAUCAAACCUUUUCUAAUAUAAGAAGGGAACAAGGUCUACAAUUCCAAUAUGAGGAACUAUAUAGAAAAUUGAGUAUGGGAAGUCAUAUUAUUACUAUUGAUAAGAUUGUUGAAAUGGAUACUGGAUGUAUUGGAGAGGAUACUUCGAAUUCAAGGAUCACCUUAUACAUUACAGAUGUCCCUAAAAUUACGUUAUUGGAAUCCCAUUUGGAGUACUGUGUCGGUGAUUAUGUAGCUUACCAAUUGAACGGUAUUUCUCCCUUUGAAAUUAGAUACCAGUUUAACGAUGUAAAGUUGAAGACCAUUGAAAAUACAAAUCAAUUUGUUAGAUUGGCCAGUGAAUCUGGUGAAAUAUCUAUUAAUUCGAUACAAGAUGCUUCGUCCAAGUGUUUGGUUAAUUUCACCAAUCCAGAAAUGAGUGCUCAAUAUGAAGCUUUGAAAUUGAAAAUACAUCCAAUUCCAUCGGUAACUGUGUCCAAAGGUGAAUAUCUAGAGGAAGAUAUUCACGAAGGCGAUCAAGCUGAAGUUAUUUUCACAUUUGAAGGUACUCCACCAUUUUCUUUAACUUAUGUUAGAAUUGAAGAAGAUAAUGGUGCGAUCAUACAGAAUAAGAGGAGCACUGAGAAAAUGACAUUGAAACGUAAUUCUGUCAAUAAAAAAAUGGGGAACAUUGAUAAAAGAAAUGUUAUUGAAACACAUAGAGUUACUGAUAUAUAUUCCUAUGAAUAUAGAGUUGUUACUAGUUUACAAGGCACUUAUGAAGCCAUUGAGAUAUUUGACGCUUAUUGUUUUGCUAGAAACGAUGCAUAUUUUCAGAGUCAAAUUUGA